GUUAAAGGAACAGUAUUAUAUCCAUAGAAAGUGGAAUUAUUAAAGAAAAGGUUCCUGUUUUUCAUUAUUGAAUAAAAAAUGAGCUGCUAAAAUCCUCAACAAAUAAAAUAAACAAUCAAUUUUCAAGUUACAACUCAUCUUUCUUCAAAAACCUUAAAUUUUUUCAAUUGCAAUAGUCUACAAAAUUUUUCCAAUCACGAAUUCUAAAAGUAAUAAUCAGAAGCUCCAUUGGUCAACGCGAAUCGUGAAAAACAUGGAUCGUGUACCGUCAGAUGAAGCUCUCACCGAAACCCUAAAAUCUCUUAUUAUAUCACGUAAAGGACCUGUCACAGUUCCACAAUUGCAGCGAGAUUAUGAAGAAUUGGAAGGACGUAAAAUUCCAGAACUUAAACUUCAAUCAAUCAUGAAGUUUAACAAGACUUUUCAUUAUCUAAAACCUGCAAAUGGCAUAGAAGAGCGUUUUGAUGUUCGAUAUGCUGCACGUCUGAAUCGUCCAAAACCACAGCACAGGAAUGGCAAUAAUAAUAACAAUAAUCAGCCAAUGAUAAUACGUACUUUGAAAGCACCAAUCGCUCCACGUAAUCGUUCAAUCAACAGCAGCACGAAUAAUAAUAACAAUAAUGUUUUCCAGAAAAAUUACAAUCCACAAAUUGGAAAUGGACAUGCUGCUGUUAAACCGCUACCUAAAUUAACGAUGCCAUUAUCAGAGCGAUUAAAACGCAAAGGUGAAUUAAGCCCAGAAGAUAUUAAAGCAGCAAAUAGUGUCAACAUUCCAGAUUCAUGGUUCAUUUCGCCAGGAAGUCAUUAUGAUAAGCUUAUCAAGUACUGCCAAAUGAUGAGUAUCGAUGCACCGGAACUAAAGUUUCUCGAUAAUCCCUUAACAAAGGGCAGCUUAACUUGCCAAGUUACAAUUAAUGGAAAAACUUACAUGUCGUACAACGAUUUCUCCCCAUCAAAAGCUGAAGCUCAAGAAGCAUGCUGCAAAGUUGCUGUUAAUGAAAUAAAGCGUGAAGAAGACUUGGCACGUAAUCCUUUGGACUUAUCAAACGAUUUUGAUUUAGCUCAAAAGAUAUGGUCUAUGAUUCGCAACUCAAUUGGUGGUGUCUUUUCUAAGCACAUUGCUAAUCUCUAUAUUGAGAAUUAUAAAUUAUCAUUGCCUGAAAAUUGGAAUCAAAUUGUUAAAUUCUUUGACAGACAAUUGUUCACGUUCGAGAUGAUUUCAUGCAAUGAGGAAAUAAUUUUUGCAAUUGGUGAUGGCUCUAUUGAUCGUCCAUUAACGCCAAAUAAUCCAACUCAAAACAUUCCCGAAUUAGUUUAUCCAUGGAAGGAUAAGUUGUGGAAUAUCUUCGUUACAAGUGCUUUUAGUCCAAAUGAAAUCUGUGGUCGUUUAAUUGGUGCAGAAUAUAGCGAUGCGUUGGAUAAAUUAUUGAACGAUAUUGAGAUAUUUAUGAUGUCGAACAAGGAGCGUGCAAUGGAAAUAAAAGCUAAUCACAUUUAUCUUACAUCAAUUGAAUCUUGCUGGCAUCGUAUCAAGGUUAUUGAAAUGGCUGAAAAAGAGGCAAAUUGUAUUUGCAUUGAUAAUGGCGAUAUUGAAUGGAUUCCGUUUAAUGAUAUUUUUGUUUGUAAGCCAGAGUUUCUAAUAAUAGCAGCACAGGCAUUCAAAUUAUCACUUUUUGGAUUAGAGGAAUUUGAAAAUGAUCCAAACAUUAUUCAACAAACUCUUUUUGAGCCAUUCAUAUAUAAGUCUCUUGUUGCUGAAAUUAUGAUGAAUCAAGAGUAUUACGAAGCUAAUAGAACGAAGCCAAUUAAGAUGAUUCUGUAUGAUACAUCAACUGAUGAUGAUGUUAACUUGAAUGAGAUUUUAAUGAACUCAAUUUUGAAAUCGGUGCAACCGCCUACAUUGAAUCAAAAAGAUAGUAAUCAAAUCGUUAUAACUCACAUUGGAGAUGAUGCCAUUUAUUGCCAACUUUUAAAGUCAUAUUCAUACAUCCAGCAGUUGAUUAACAAUAUCUCGAAAGAUGAUAUUAAUCAAUAUCGCGGACCUUAUGCUGACAAGUCUGAUAAGAAGAAAGUUUAUCUUGUUUACAAUGAUAAAUUAAAGAAUUGGUUCCGUGCUCGUGUUGACAAAUUGAUUGACAACGAUUCAAUUUUGAUGUUUUUGAUUGAUCACGGUUACAAGAUAAUCGUAAGGAACCAAGACAUUUAUCGUCUCGAUAAAGUCUCGUAUGUUCUGUCCUUAUAUCCAACACAAGUUAUAAAGAUGGGUUUGUUUGGAGUCACUUUCACUGAUGACGUUAGGAAGAGAUUGCUCGGAAUUUUGCCGUCUGGACGAACUGUAUUCGCAAAAGUCGUAAGCAUUGCAAGUGGUAAUUUCCCACAAGUCAAUCUCUUUAUGUACAGCACUCAUAACAGCGAGAGUAUAAUUAUCAACAUAAAUGAACAAUUUGCAAAAGUUUUAGGAACGGAUUUACAAAGUUUCAGCCCAAAUGAGCCAUUGAUUAAAUUGGAACGCCGCCAAUUGAAGAACAAUGGAGAAUUCAUAAAUAUCUUUGUAUCACUUGUAUCCAGUCCAUUAAGCUUCAUAAUUCAACUUCAAGAUGACUUAAAGAAUUUAAAUAGUCUCUUGAGCGAUCUUAAAUCGCACUGUAAGAGCAUCGGAAAGUUUACAUCAUUAACAGACAUACAGAAAGGCGAAUGCUAUGCAGUAUUUGACGAUGAUUCGCAGAAGUGGGUUAGAGCAUCUGUGGAAAGCUUAAUUGACAAGAACUUCAUCAACUGCCUUUUUGUUGAUUCAGGAAACUUUAAGACUAUAUCAUUAGACAAAAUGAGAACGUUACCAAACAAAUUUAGAACUUUACCAAAGCUUGCACUGAAGGCUCGGCUCUAUGGCGUAAAACCAGCAAACAAAGAUUUUACACCAGAUGAUGCUAUUUACUUCAAGAAAAUGACUGAAAAUAAAAGCUUCCCAGCUGUCAUCAAAAAUGUUCACUCAAGUGAUCCGUAUGAAAAGCAGGAAGUUUACGAAAUUGUCCUAUUCGGUAAGAAUGAAAAAAUUCAUGACUUACUUAUUAAAGAAGGACGUGCUCUAUCUUAUUAGAUCUAAGCGAAAACAUUAAAAAAAUUUGCUGCUUAUUAUGUAAAAUUUAACGAUAAAUCUAAAACAUAUUUUUCCAGAUCAUUUCGAUAUGUAAAAUAUGUCACUCAAGACACUUACAGCAAAAAAGCAAGAAAUAUUUAUCUCAAUUUUUAAUUUUUUUAUGCUCAUAUACAUUUUGUGGAUCAUUCAAGAAAAUAAUUAACAUUAUCAACACAAAUAUCGACAAGAAAAACAUUAAUUUAUAACCCUUAACAAUUUAAGGAGCUACACGUUAUGUGCAUGCUUUUGAGUAGCUAUUAUUUUUGCUCAUGUUAUUUACAAAGAUUUUA